GCUUCAGCCUUCCAUCACGGCAAGGUGCUCUGCGAAGUCACGUCAUACCGCAGGGCUGAGAUCUCGGCUCUAACACACACAGGGCCGAUGGUUGUCUUGGCCUUCCCGUCUUCCAGAUUGGGUUUAAGGUUGAACCUCAGACAGCCAUACGAUUGGUCGCUUAUUCUGCGAUAGAAUUACUCCUUGGGGAUGAACGAUGGGUUCUGGUGUAUAAAGACGCCGUCGACCAAGGCGGGGCUCGACAAACAGUUCGUCGUCGACCAAAUUUAAUACAUUCACCAUGCCCGACGGAAAAUUAGUUCCAGGCAGCGUCUACUUCUACGCUCCGAGCAAGGCUGCUGCCAUCAUUUUUACCGCUUUGUUCUUCAUCUCCGGUGUCGUGCAUCUAUGGCAAUGCAUCCGCUACAAGUCCUUUAAAGUCACAGCUCUUCAUCCGUUCUGCUGCCUGCUCUUCACAGUGGGCUUUGCAUUGCGAUCAUAUGGCGCUUUCGAUAUUGAUAAUCUCGGCAUAUACAUUGCCAGCACACUCCUCAUAUACUGCGCUCCUCCACUGUUAGAGUUAGCGAACUAUCAUGUUCUCGGACGCAUCCUUUUCUAUGUUCCUUACUUCGCGCCCCUUCACCCCGGACGCACACUCACAACCUUCGGUGCGCUCUCCGCCGUCGUAGAAGUCCUCAACGCGCUCGGCAUCUCCAACCUCUCCAACCCAAACCUCUCGCAGAGCAGACAGGAUCUCGGCCACAUCUUGACGAAGACUGCUCUUAUUGCCCAAAUCGCCGUUAUCUCGGUCUUCAUCAUUAUCGCUGGGAUGUUUCAUCACCGCUGCAGGAGAGCUGGUAUCAAGAACAGGAAGGUGCAAGGCCCGCUAUGGACCAUGUACAUUAGUACAGCUCUGAUCUUAAUCCGGACGAUAUAUCGCAUCGUAGAGCACUUCGGUGUAUCACGCAUCCCCGCCAACCCAUCGACAGGCUGGGAUCCCAUGAGCCUCUCCCCGAUCGUGCGCUACGAAUGGUUCUUUUACGUCUUUGAAGCCGACAUCAUGUUCUGGAACUCUAUUCUUUGGAAUGUGCGACAUCCCCGGCGCUACCUUCCAGAAGACUAUCACGUCUACCUAGCGCAAGACGGAAAGACUGAGCUGCUCGGCCCGGGUUGGAAAGACGACCAGAAUUGGAUCAUGACGUUUCUGGAUCCGUGUGGGUUGACGGUCAAGCUUAUGGGCGGGGGAGGGAGGGCCAACAAGGAGAAGCCGUUUUGGGAGAGUAAUGGGUAUGAGAAUGUGCCGCUUGCUAAGCGGGAUGAAGAGGAGGGUUUGUGAAGAUUAGACGCGUGAGGUAGGGGAAUGAGGGUUGGGUUGGAUGGCGACUGUACGAUAGUGUACUCCCUUAUGGUGUCUUAAGC